GCAGUCUCCUCGCUGGAGCCAGACACUGGUGCAGCGACGGUCCAUACAUACAUGCAUGUGUGUGUUCUGCGUGUGCCGGGCUCUUGAGAACGCUCACCGUUGGAGUGUGUGCGAGUGUGCGAGCUGAUCUGCAUGAGAAUGUGCAUGUGAGCCUUUCUAGAGCAUCUUUUGUAUGGAGGAGCAUGUGCACAGAGUGAGAGACAGCGUGAGGAUGCGUGGUGGGCAGGUGUUGUUGUGAUCGGUGGAGUUUUCGGUGUAGUAUCGUCGUGCCGUCUGCCUCCCCCUCCCUCCAAUUUGGUUAUCUUGUGAGGGCCAAAAAGCACCCUGCUGGGAUGUCCACCUCGCCUGGUGCAACAGACGGGAGCCAAAGGAACUCCUUGGAGCUAGACACGGAGCAUGCACAGAGAGUCCCUGGGGCAGAACAGGGAGGGGCCCCGGCCCCACAGGUCAAGCUGAAAGAAAGGCAGAAGUUCUUUGAGGAGGCUUUCCAGCAAGACAUGGAGCAGUACCUGUCCACUGGCUACCUGCAGAUUGCUGAGAGGAGAGAGCCAAUAGGAAGCAUGUCGUCCAUGGAGGUGAACGUUGACAUGCUGGAGCAGAUGGAUCUGAUGGACAUGUCUGACCACGAAGCUCUGGAUGUGUUUCUGCACUCUGGGGGAGAGGACAACAGUGCCGCCUCACCUGUCACAGGUCCAGACGUUGAGUCCUUCACCACUGAGAUCAGUCUCCAGGUUCCCACCCAGGCCGAGCUACGCCACAAGCUUUCUUCCCUUUCAUCCACCUGCACCGACUCAGCUAGCCAGGACACAGAGGCUGGCGAUGAAGAUGAGGACGAGGAGGAGGAGGAGACUGAGCAAGGAGGAGGCAGUGGAUCAGGGGGAGGAGGAAGGAGGAGAAGGCCCCCCGUGGUGGUGACCCUUGACGAAGAGGAAGUGCACCCCGAUACAGCGUUGGUGGACGGGGUAGACCGAGAGGACCAGACCAGCAAAGACAGUGAGGCGAGCAGGCCGAAGGUUUGAGGACACAUGAACUGGAUUUAAACACAAACACACAGAGCUGCAAAAUCAAACUGCGAUAUAUAUCAAUAUUGGCUUCUUUCUUAUAUUGUCUGGAGAAAACCGUGUGAAAGAAAGACACUGAGGUUGCACUAACUGCCACAUGACCUUGCCUUAAAAGACCACUGGUGUGAGUUCUCAAUUCGAAUUGAAUCCUGUAAAAUAAGUUUGAGUUCCCUUUAGCAUUAUAGCAUUAAAUGGCUUAACAAGCACAUGAAUAGUUCGAAAUAAUUCAGAGAAUACUCUAAUUCUGUGUGUGUUCAUGUUGAGACCAGGUGAGGCCCGUUACUGAAAAGUGAUGUGGACAAAGAGAAGAAUACGUGAAAACCAUCCAUGUGUCCUUUUUGUGGGUCUUUGUUUUAAUGCUCAAUGCUAACACUUAGAUACUCACUAAACUACAGGUGAUAUGUGAUGGAGACUGGUGAAACUUUUGCUGAAUAUAAAUAAUGGGUUUUGUACCAAAUACUUGCCAAAAGGAAAAGAGUUUCACCAGCUCUGUCAGGUUUGUGGCAUUUUAAUUUUAGAUCUUACUGCAGGACACAAAAGUAAGUCCUCAAUGUUGUCUCCCAGUUAAUUGAAAACAAAAUCCCUACAUUACCUCAAGUGGUAUCUAGCAGUGUGGAUAGUUUUGCCCAUGAUCUGACAUACUUGUCAUCAAAGAUACCUGCUGCUAACCCAGUGCGAUGGAGGUAAAGAGAAUAUUGUUUUUAAUGCUUAAAACUUUGAAGCAUUACCUUUAAAAACUUAACUUGUACAGAAACAAUAUCCUGGUUAUGCUGAAUCAAGCCUCAACAAUUGUGACAGGAACAAUUUCUUUGGUAUCUCAAAUCCUGAAAUAAAUAAAAAGGGCACACAUAGACCUCCAAGGCCAAAUGCCAUAUUUCGCAAUGUUAAAGGUGCAAUAUACGCGUGAUCGUACUGUUAGCUCUGUCAGCACUGUUGCUGUUGUUGCUACUGUUAGGCUUUUAGCACUGUUAUACCAUUAGCAUAACACCUUUCCACAGAACGCUCACACUCAGGUUGACCCCGUGAGUGUGAGUUAACCCCUAUUAAUACUGUUAGCACUGCAUUUCCAGCUGCCACCAUUUUGGCAAAAGCCACUUCCAUGUUUGCUUGUGAUAUCUGAAGUGAAAGCCGAGCUCUUUCCUGGCUCAGGCUAGUAGUUUUUCCGCAGUUCUGCUGACAGACCUACACACAAACUAAGCCGAACGCAUGACUUCCUAGGCGGAGGUAUUAAAGGCUAGCAUGACUAGAUUUUUGUAAUUUGGGCGAAUUGAGCCUUUAACAUAGCAAGCAAAUGCUAAAUAAUUAGCAAAGAGCACUUGACAAAUGAUCUGCAAGGGAUGCAUGGAUGAUUUUUUUCAUGACUUUAUAGAUAAGCUGAACCCCAAAGCAUUUCUUUAACCAGAUUCUGCAAUAUUUUAAAUGCAAAGUACCGAUUCAUUUGUGCCAUCAGCUCUGAUAAACGUGGCAGGCACUUGGCAGUGGGUUAUAUACCACAUAGUACUGUAUGUUGGACAGACUGGUGUUCAGGUACCUAGAUAUUAAUUAUUUAACACACACACACACACACACACACACACACACACACACACACACACACACGCAGGAGAGUUACCCAUUGCCAUUCCUUUGACCAAUAAUAUUUGGGUAAACUUCUCCCUUUGAUCGAGGACCAAAUCCCUGUUUGGACUGUGUGCUAUGCACUGGACAACACCCAGAAGGUUGAACUGUAUCCAGACUUUUUUGUACAGAAAUGUUGACAUUUGUGCGAUGUGACAGCAUUACUCCUUCCUUUCUUUUCCCCUGCCUACAAUUUCUGACUUGUUGGUAAUAAAUGUUUCUCCCCCA